GUGCGCAUAUCAUGUGCGCAUGCUUGGUUGCAUGUGCUCACAAAUGAACCUUCGGUCCUGUAUGGGAUUCAGCUCAAGCACCCUUCUAGGGUGCCAUUGCAAGACAGCCCUUGGUGUUCCGCAACCCUUGCGGAUUUCGAUACCGUUCCUUCAUAUUUCGGUCGUAGAUGAGCCGAUCUGCUGAUACAUCAGAUAUUGCAAAUAUCAAGAAGGCGAAGCCAGAGACAAAUCACAAGAAAGCGCUCCAUUUCGGAGUCUUAAUUGGACUGGUGGUCUUGGUUUUUGGCCUGGAUCAACUGCUGUUUGGGACCCUUGGUUCCUUUCAGACCACGAGUUUGAAGGAAUUCUUUGGCAGCGCGGCGGACUUGUUCGUGGGUGCCGUGUUGGCACUGGCGGCUCUUCAAGCGUACCUUUGGCAAAGCAAGUCGCCCAGGGCGCCGGAUGGCGCCAAGACAGCAGGGGGAGCCUCUAGCAAGGGAGACUUGUUGAAAGCUGCACAGGUUAGUCUCAACAGGGACUUGGAUCGAGCUUUCCAGAAAGGUUGUGAGACCAAAAGGUUAGUGCGCUUGCUGCAGAAAUUCGAGACGGAGUGGGGCUUGCCCGAUGCCCUUAGCUACAACCUGGUCCUGCGAGCGCACGCCAAGGAUGGCAAUUGUGCCGCUGCUGACGGAUGGAUGAAGUACAUGGAGGAGAAGGGGAAAGCAACACUUUGCAGCACGUGGUUGACAACAUGGGCAAUGCUGAGAGUUGAUUCCAUCUGAUUCCCUGGAUGGGCGAGUUGCGCAGCGUGUGCGCCGUGGGCUGGCUGGGGUGGGCUGGCGGGGUCGUGGGAUUGGUCAGGGUAGCGCAGCCCUCGCGCGGAGUCGCGCGGCACUCGCGCAGAGGCUACAACACCAUGCUGGACGCUUGCUCCAAAGCCGGUGAUCCCCAGAGUAGCGAGUCCUGGUUGCAACGGCUGUUGGAUGGAGGUCUACAGCCCAACGUCAUCAGCUUUGCCACGGUGAUCCAUGCCUUUGCACGGAAAGGGGAUGAGACCAGGGCACAAUACUGGCAGAGCAAAAUGUUGGAAAUGGGGGUGGAGCCAGACACGGUGAGCUACAACUCCCUGAUCCACGCCUGCGGUGUGAAGGGGAACAUCCAAGCAGCUGAAGGGUGGCUGGAAGACAUGUUGCAGCGGCAGUUGCCUGCCAGUGUCACCACCUUUGCCAGUCUCAUCGAUGCAUGUGCCAAGGCCGGAGAUCUGGAGAGAGCUGAGAAGUGGAUGCAGGAGAUGUUGCAGCGUGGCAUCGAACCCAACGUGGUGAGCUUUGGGGCGGUGAUCAACGCCUGUGCCAAGGCCUCCAACCUGCAACGGGCUGAGUAUUGGCAUCACACCAUGCUGGAGAUGGGCGUGACACCCAACGUACGCAGUUACAGCUCCGUCAUCAAUGCCUGCGCCAAGGCCGGGAAGGCGGAGGAAGCAGUGCAGUGGUUGGAACGUUUGGAAGAUGCCGGGCUACAAAGUGACGCCAUCGUCUACAGCAGUGUGAUUGAUGCUUGUGGAAAAGCCGGAGAUACUGAGAUGGCGCUGUGCAUCUUCAGGCGCAUGCAAGCCAGAGGUAUCCAACCUCACGUGGUGACCUAUUCUGCGCUGGCCCGGCCCUUUGCAUACAAGGGGCACUGGCAGGAAGUGGAGGACCUUGCGGUGGAAAUGGAGAAGAGUGGCCAGCGGCCCAACGAGUAUUUCAUCUACGCCCAGCUGUUGGCCUAUGCCACGGCCAAGCCCAAGGAGCCUGCCCGCGCGGAGCGAUGCAUCCGAAACGCCCUGGAGGCUGGGCUCGUGCCAAACCAGCACAUUCUCAGUGGCCUAGGGCGUGCGCUGGGUCGAAAGCGUGCAACGGAUCUUCUGGCUAUGCUGGGGCACAAGGUCCCCUUCGGAUAAAUUCAGAUGAGCAGUGGCUGCAAAACCCUCAUUGGUUCGUG